AUUCCACAUUCCUAAAUCCGUCCAAACGACCAAACCAAUCUCAAAUUCUCAAACACACCAACUGCAAGAUUCUCUCCCACAAUGGAACCCGUAAACCCUAAUCCCACAACCUCACCUCUCCCACCCGGCUGCCAAUUCUUCCCAUCAGAACAACAACUCAUCCUCCACUACCUAACCCUAAAAAACACCGGCGAUCAUCUCGACCCCACCUCUCCAAAUCUCAUCAAAGACCUCGAUCUCUACCGCUUCGAACCCUUCAAUUUACCCGAAACCGCCCGGUUCCUGUUCGGCCGUGAAGGAAAACGGAAGCACUAUUACUGUUUUGCCCCUAUGCCCAGGGUUAAAAGAGGAAGAGGUGAGAAGAGACCUGCUGGUUGUGGGUUUUGGAGGAGGAGUGGCUCGGUGAAAGAUAUUGUGGGUGCGGGUGUACAGGGGGUUGUGGUGGGGACGAGGAAGACUUUUGUGUUUUAUUUGGGGGAGGUGGGUAAGGCUGCUGUCAGGACUAAGUGGGUUAUGUAUGAGUAUGCAUUGGUUGAUCAGAAAAUGGCUGAGGCUUCAUAUGUUCUGUGCCGAGUUUUUGCCAAAUCUCACCACCAAUACAACACCUCAAGUGAUAAAAUGAAGCCUUUGGUUGAGACCGUUAAAACAGUGAAUCACAUUGGUAUCCAGUGCGAUGAAAAGGUGAAUUCACUGGCCUUUGAUGGAGACUUCCUUGAGCUAGAUGAUCUUCUAGCUCCUCUUUAGUGGGUCAAACAAGAUCCAAAUUAUUAAUGGGCAUGAUUAUAUCUCCCAUCCAAUUGAAUGAUGAUAACCUCAACUCAAAAUGGAAAACCUUAAAGGUUUAAUGGAAACUCUGAGAAAUUGGUCAAUAUAUUCUUCAGCUGUGAAGAUGGCAAUAUUGCCACAAUGGUAGCUAUGUCUACCAAGGUAGGUAGACUGUUACCUCCACUUAUUUGUUUUCUUGUUCCAAUCUUGUACACCGAACUGUCAGUCAAUCGGGUCUUUUGGAUUGGGCCUGCAAAUUCGACAGCCAGUUUUGGUGUCAUGGACCAGAUGCUUCAGGUCGCCUGUGUCAUCCAGGCUGGCUGUUGUCGGGUUGGUUAUCUUUCUGUUUCCCGAAUGGAUUUGGUUUAGGAUUUGUUAAAUUAUUAUGUAAUAUAUGGAGAUAAGUAUUUCUGAAUGGCUUAUGUAAUAGUGUGAUAAUGUAGUUCAA